UUCGCGGCGUCGCUGCUCUCUCUCGCCCUCUCCCUCUCCCUCUCUCUCCGCCGUCCUCCGCCGCCCUACGGCGCCGCCCGUUCCGUCCGCAGUCCCGUCCGAAGCAACCACGCGCCGCCGCGGCAGGGCUGGAGAUGGGGGGCGACCGGCGGAUCCCGCGCCGAUUCUGGAGUCGCCGGAGCGAUUUCUAGGGUUUCCGGAGGCCGCCCCGCUCCGCGAGAAUGCCCGCUCACAGGUCGAGGUCGGAGAAGCACGAUGCGGCGGGGCAGAUCCGGCGGGACCCUUACGAGGUCCUCGGCGUCGCCAAGAACUCCACGGAUCAGGAAAUCAAGAGCGCAUACCGCAGGAUGGCUCUCAAAUGAUUGCAAUUUUAGGUAUCAUCCUGACAAGAAUGCAAAUGAUCCUAAAGCUGCCGAUAUGUUUAAAGAGGUUACAUUUUCAUAUAACAUCCUGUCUGAUCCUGACAAAAGGCGCCAAUAUGACACUGCUGGUUUUGAGGCUGUUGAAUCAGAAAGUCAAGAGCUAGAAUUAGAUCUUUCAAGCUUGGGAGCUGUGAAUACCAUGUUUGCUGCAUUGUUCAGUAAACUUGGUGUACCGAUUAAGACAACUGUAUCUGCAACUGUUCUGGAGGAAGCUCUCAAUGGCAUGGUCACCAUUCGUCCACUUCUGCUUGGGAAGCCUAUUUCUAAGAAAGUUGAAAAGCAAUGUGCUCACUUCUAUUCUGUCACAAUAACAGAGGAGGAAGCCCAAUCUGGAUUUGUAUGCCGAGUUCAAUCAUCCGACAAAAGCAAAUUCAAGUUGUUGUAUUUCGAUCAGGAAGGUAAUGGUGGAUUGAACCUCGCUCUACAGGAGGAUGGUGCGAAAACCGGAAAAACUACAUCUGCUGGAAUGUUUUUUCUUGGCUUUCCCGUUUAUCGGUUGGAUCAGACAGUCAAUUCAAUGACUGCUGCCAAGGAUCCAGACGCUGCCUUCUUCAAAAAGUUGGAUGGAUUUCAGCCAUGUGAAAUAACUGAACUGAAGGCUGGCACGCAUGUAUUUGCUGUUUAUGGUGACAACUUCUUCAAAAGUGCAAGCUACACAAUUGAAGCUCUUUGUGCGGCACCUUUUAUAGAAGAGAAGGAACACCUUAGAGCUGUGGAAGCUCAAAUUUUGACAAAAAGGGCCGAGUUGUCGAAGUUUGAAACUGAAUACAGAGAGGUGCUGGCACAAUUUACAGAGAUGACUAGUAGAUAUGCACAAGAAAUGCAAGCAAUUGAUGAGCUUCUAAAGCAGAGAAAUGAAAUUCACUCCUCUUACACAACUUGUCCACCCUUGAAGCGAAGUACAAGUAAAAGCAAGAGUAGAGGAUCUUCUAAGGAGGCUAGAGAAGAAAGCCAAGUGAGAGAGAAGAAGUCCACAGCAAGGGAGAGGCCAAGGAAGAAGAAAUGGUACAAUAUUCAUCUAAAAGUUGAAAAGAGGAAGGCUUGUUAGAGGGUAAGAGUUAUUAGUCGACGAUUUUAUUUACAAUAGUAUCGGCAUUGCAUAACCGCAGGAGAUAAUGAGCUCGACGGAGCUAUAUUUGCAAUAAUGGACGGACAACUUAAGUCUUCAUAUUGUUGUUUCAACAAAAUGCUACCCGUUGGUUUAUCCAUGCAGGCUAAAAGACAUAUGCUUGUUGGCUGAGAUGUCAAUGAUGCUGUGGAGGUUAUGGUUCUGCGAAAAUCUUUAGUUUACUGCUUAAAAGGCGACAGCAGCUCAUUGUUAUUGUAAAGUUCCUCCCCUUUUCCUUCAUUCAUUCCCUUGAUCUCUUGUUAUCAGUAUUUGAGCUGGUAACACCUGUAAAUCGCUUAACUUAUUCAUGAAGCUUCUUCACUUUGGACAAAUAGAUUCUCUUUGCGGA